AUUUCUUAAAUAAAUUAUUUGAAUUAAAGCAUGAGUUUGUUGAAAGUAAUACUUAUACUAUAUUAUAAUUAAAAUCUAUAAUUAUAGGAUGUCUACUGAAUGUCACGAAACGUGUUUCGAUAUUUCAGAGCAACAUCAUAAACUAGUAUUUCUUAAAUUACCAUUACUAAAGAAAGAUAAGUUUCUUUGCGACACUACAUUAGUUGUUGGAAGAAAAAAAAUAUAUGCUCACAAAAUUCUACUCGCUUGUUCGGUACCUUAUUUUUAUUCAAUGUUCAACCAUGACGUUGUUGAAAGUCGACAAAAUGUAAUAACUUUAAAAGAUUUAGAUCCUGAAUCUGUUGAAAGUAUAAUAGAUUUUGUUUAUACUUCCAAAAUAGUUAUUACGCAACGAAAUGUACAAGCUAUCCUUCAAGUUGCAACCAUGUUUCAAAUAAAUUUAAUACAAGAAAAAUGUUGUGAUUUUCUUGAAAGUCAACUGCAUCCUUCCAAUGGGUUGGGAAUAUAUUUGUUUGCAGAAUUAUAUGGUUGCUCAAAAUUAAAAUCUAGAGCCAAAACGUAUUGCAAUUGGCACUUCAGCGAUGUUGUACGAGAAGAUGAAUUUUUAAACCUCUCUUUAGAGCAAGUAAAAUGGUUUCUUAAUCAAGAUGAGCUUUGUGUACGCUCUGAAACCGAGGUGUUCAAUGCUGCUAUUCGAUGGGUUUCACAAAAUUCUCAACAGCGUAAAAAAGAUUUACAAUAUUUAUUACCAUUAGUUAGGUUUAAUUUCUUACCAAAAAGCUUUCUUAGCCUGCAAUUAGAAACAAAUGAUCUAAUUAUGGAUGACGAAUUCUCUUUAAAAUUACUUUUUGAUGCUUUAAAUGAUAUUGAAGUUAAGCAAUUAGUAGCGACAAAAAGGAAGCCAAUUGGAAAUAAUGUUGUUUUUUAUAUGGGUGGGUAUAAUCGAAAAUCUUUUGCAUCUUAUGGUUAUUUUAACCCUGAAACAGAAACAUGGUUUAAACUGGGUGAUAUGUGUUCACCCCGAAGUGGAGCUGGCUGUGUCUCUCUUGGUGGUUUAAUUUAUAUGGUUGGAGGACGUACAAAUUCUUUACAAGGAAAAUCUGAUUCAAACAGUGUUGAGUGUUAUGAUCCAUACUCACAAGAAUGGAAAAAUAUUGCGUCACUAAAUUCAUCAAGACAUCGAUUAGGUGUGGCUGCUGUUGAUGGUGUUAUAUAUGCCUUUGGCGGUAGUGAUGGAAUGGUUCAUUUAAAUACAGUUGAAAAAUAUGACAGUGAGAAAAAUCUUUGGGAACCAGCUCCAUCAAUGAACACUCCACGAAUAGGAGUCGGUGGUACUGUACUUAAUGGUGUGAUAUAUGCUGUUGGUGGUUUUGACUCUGAAAAUCGACUCCAGACAGUUGAGAGCUACAUGGUAGGAGAAUCUAGCUGGAAAUUUUUAGCUUCCUUAAAUACUCCCAGAAGUGGUGCUGGUGUGACUUCAAUGAACGGUCAUGUAUACGCAGUUGGAGGAUAUAAUGGCGUCGCACAACUAAAUAGCGUUGAGCGAUAUUGUCCGUACGAAAACCGAUGGACCAAUAUCUCAUCUAUGAAUGAACGUCGAAGCGCUCUUUCUGUUGCUGUUGUUCGAAAUAAACUUUUUGCAUUUGGUGGUUACGAUGGGGAACGUUUUCUUGACUCGGUUGAAGUAUAUGACCCUGACAAUGGCGAAUGGCAGUUAUUAAACCCAAUGCCAGACGCUAGAAGUGGGGCCGGUGUUGCAGUUUGCAUUGCACCAAUAAUUUAAAUUCAUAGCAUGUGACUUUUUCAUUUUAAGAUUUUUUUUAUUGAAA